UUGCAGCGUCAACCCCUGGCUAUUUUUCAACUUUCUGAUACGUAUCAUUGCUUGUUUUUGAUAGCUCUGGGUCAUCAGUUCGCAACAUACGAUGAGAACUGGAAUCACGUGACGUUGCAAAAUAAAGUGGCAAAUUAUUUCAGCAACUUUCCGUUGGAACCCAUUCGAGGAUUAUUAAAUACCGGACCGAACAUGCUACUGUUUGGUGACAAAGCAGUGUAUAAAUAUGACAAGGAUGGGACUAAGAUGAUUGGCGAUGCAACACCGUUGAAGACGUUCUUUCGUUGUCAGCGACAAAACUGA